AUGGCGACUCGUCCCCUGGGUGCAACUUCUCGAAUCUGGGCGACUUCUCGAAUCUGGAGGACCUAUUGGACAAAUUCUCGGCCUGGAGGAACGAGCUCUGAGGUUGGAGUAUCGGCUUACGCUGCUGCUCAGGAAUCUUACAAAAAAUUGGAUAUCGAAUUUGCAAAAGAACUCCAAAAGGGACCUUCUAGUAGGAAUCCACUUGCUUACAGGUGGUAUAACACAGAAGAGGAGAUUCUUGGCAAGAAGAUGAAGGGAAGCAAAAUCAGGCCAUUGUGUGGAACAGCUCAGCUUUUCUUGCAUCCUCGUUACAUGCACGCAGGAGCAAUGGAGGUGACAGAACGGGAUUGCUAUACUGCUGCUACAGAACGGGAUCGAUAUGGAAAAUCUGUGGAUACAACUUCUCGCUCGUUGAAGAUGGUGACUUCUGGGAUCUUGAACCGGGCCAAUUCUGGAUUUUCUACAUACACAGUCUCUCGCCGCCUAUUUUCUGGAGUGGCCAACGGAAAUGAGUCAAGGGAAGGGACCAGUGUAUAUUGGAAAGUCUCCAGUAUUGAUGAAGUAGGAGGAACGGUGGCAGAUAUCUUAGAUCGGGAAGAGGGCCUGAUCUUGUCCGUUGGGCUGACCUCCUUGACAAGAAGGGGAAAACUCAGCAAGCACUCGAGAUCUUUGAGUGGAUGCAAAGAAAGAAAAUGA